GCGUAGCAGUUGGUGUCUUCCGCGCUUCGAUUACGGAGGGAGAGGGCGAAGGCGGAGAAAGUGCGUUCGUGGUGGUUGUGGUCGCUCACCGGCCGCCCCUUGCUGUGCUCCCUGCCUGCUUCCGUCGCCAUUGCGCAGAUCCGACGCCGUCGAGUUCGCUGGCCGAGAAGUGGCGUCUUCAUUGUUCCGGAAGCGCUAGGUCUUCGUCAGCCCUGCAGCAUUUCUUGUCGCAUUCUUCUGUCGAGCCGCUGACACUGUUUUCCUCUCGGCAUUCUGCGCCAUUUCCGCGAUCUGUGUGUUUCAGUUGCUUUUCGGAAGAAAGGUGGGGGUUCGGAUUGAGGAUUAGGUUGCUGGGAUAUCCCGGCGGUGAGGUUUUGCGGGACGAGACUAUGAACCGAAGCGCUAGCUUGGCGCCUCCGUCGUCGCGGGAUGCCGUGACUAAAUCGGCGGAUGAGGAGCUUGCCCUCUUUCUCGAGAUGCGGAGGUUGGUGAAGGAGCGGAACGAUCUUCUACUGCAUAACUCCGAAGAACUCGACCCCCCAUCAGGGUCAAAGCCCGGGAUUGCUCCUUUAUUCAGAAUCGCCUCUUUGUCACCUUUGCGAAAAUCUUGUGUCGAUGACUUCCUGAAUUCCGACAGUGAAAAGAAUGACUAUGACUGGCUUCUAACACCUCCAACUACUCCACUUUUUCCAUCUUUGGAUACUGAAUCAAGAAGAUCUCUUGUUUUUAGGAAUGAUACUCCUAAAGCUCCACCAAAGACGCUUGAGUUUAAGCUAUCAAAUGCUCGUGAUUUGUCCAAGAACACAUCUUUGAGGCAACCAACAUUGUCAUCGGGCAUCAACUCUUCCAUUCCGGGAACUAGUAGGCCAUCAUCCUCCGGCGGCCCUACUCGUAGUGCAUCAAGGCCUGCAACUCCAAAUGGGCAUUCUACCAUAUCCGCCUCUACAAAACCUACAAGAUCUUCCACUCCCACAUUACGAUCUACAUUACCUCUGAAGACAUUAUCUCCUCCAUCAUUGGCUCCUCCACAAUCGGCAACACCCACAAGAUCCUCUACACCAACAUCUAGACCAUCAUUGGCUCCUCCACGAUCAGCAACACCCACAAGAUCCUCUACACCCACAUCUAGACCAUCAUUGGCUCCUCCACGAUCGGCAACACCCACAAGAUCCUCUACACCCUCAUCUAGACCAUCAUUGGCUCCUCCACGAUUGGCAACACCCACAAGAUCGUCUACAUCAACAUCUAGACCAUCAUUGGCUCCUCCACGAUCGGCAACACCCACAAGAUCCUCUACACCAACAUCUAGGGCAUCGUUGACUCCUGCCGUUCUGCCAAGACCCUUGACACCUGUGAGAUCUUCUAUACAUGCAUCUAGGUCAUCGGCACCUGCAAUAAACAAGCCUGCAUCAAGGCCUGCCACCCCGACUAGGCGACCUUCUACUGCAUCAACUGCUCAUGUCAGCUCUAUACCAAUAAGACAAUCAUCUACUGUCAUAAGACCCAAUCCAAUGAUACCAAAAAGUCCAGUACCAGCAACACCCAAAAGCUCAUCAUCCACAGUAUCAAAAAGUUCUGCAUCAUCAGCCCGAAGCUCUCCGAUCAUAAAGCCUAAUCCAUUGAAACCCUCAGAGAUCCCUGGUUUUUCUCUUAAUGCUCCUGCCAACUUAAAGACAUCUAUUUCUGAAAGAUCCUCCGUGGCUUCUCGUGGCAGACCAGGAAUGCCAAGCAGUCGUUCAUCUUCUGUCGAACUUGCAACCAACGCUGGGCCAAGGCGACAAUCUUGUUCUCUGCCAAGAGGGAGGACUGCCGCUGGUAAUGUUCUUAAAGGUAGUUCUGUUCCACCACCAAGCACACAACAAACAGGUAGUGGUAGCAAUGUGAACCUUGUCGUAAGGGGAAACGAGACGGUCGAACAUAUAGUCAAUACAAGAAGAUUUGUACCGGCUAAACGAGAUAACCAACAACCAACCCACAAUGACCUUCCCGGAAAGCUUAAUGCCGGCUUCGAGAGGGCACUAUCAAAAAAAUCAUUGGAUGUGGCAUUGAGGCAUACGGAUAUACCAAGAAAUAUCCCCAACUGUUACGGACCAUUGAUGGCGAAAAUUCCAGCGUCAUCUGUUUGUAGUGUGAGGUCAGGAUCGUCAAGAGGCAGAGUCGGCAGCAUUUCAGAUUCUCUUGGCACAAGCAGCCCAGCCAGUUCGGAACUGAGCAUCAACAACAUGUUCCCUAUCGAUGACUCUGAAAUUGAAGACGAACUUGCUAGUGAGAAAAGUCUCAGAUGCUCUCCUGCCGCACCCACAACCAGAUGACUAUAUGGAACGCUCACUAGCAACUAACAGUUCGCUAUCUAGACUGAUCGAUCAUGUUUCGUUUACGAAUUGUCAUGUGGCUAAAGCUCUGUACCUCAUAGUCGAUAUAUUCUUCAGAUUGCUCAUUACAUCAAACCUCAGAUUUACUCUAAUCACUCACUGCCUUUUGAAAGAAAAAAAAUCCCCUCAUUU